UUCCCAACAAGGAUAUCCACACACGAGUGUAAACUUUCACCUCAUCUCACCCCACAUCUUUAGCAUUAGUCUCUUUUAUCGCCAAAUUACAAGGACAUGUGCAUAUACUACAGUGCUAGUUCAUGUGUUUCCCUUGUUCAGAUGUUUCUGGUGGUUGUUCUGUGAGCGCUUUGCUGAAGCUGAGAAGGAUCCACUCUGAAGCAGUGUCUGUAACGAGCCAUCAUGGUCCGCCUCACCAUGGAUCUGAUUGCCAAAUCCAGCAACCAUUUCAAAAACAAGAGAAGCUACUCCCUCCCAAAGUACCUCAAGAAACUCACUCAUCUGAACUUCUCCAACAGGAACAUAGAGGACAUUGACGAUCUCUCCAUGUGCAGAAAUCUCACAGUCCUCUACCUGUACGACAAUCAGAUCAGCCAGAUCUGCAACCUGGGUUUUGCCUCCAACCUCACUCACCUAUACAUGCAGAACAACAACAUCACUCACAUAGAUAACCUCUCCGGCCUGCAGAAGCUCUCCAAACUGUACCUGGGGGGAAACAGCAUCACGGUGGUGGAGGGGUUAGAGGAGCUGGGGGAGCUGAAGGAGCUCCACAUGGAGGGCCAGAGACUCCCCAGUGGAGAGAAGCUGCUCUUUGACCCCAGGACUCUCCUCUCCCUCGCUGAAUCUCUAGGUGUCUUGAAUAUCAAUAAGAACAACAUAGAUGAUGUCAGAGAUCUUGCCGUUCUAAAGAAACUCACACAUUUCUUUGCUGCAGACAACCAGCUACAGGACAUGCAGGAUAUAGAGUUGGUGUUCAGCCAAUGGCCUCAGCUGCAUCGAAUGGAUUUGAGUGGAAAUCCUGUGUGCCACAAACCCAAGUACAGAGACAGGCUGAUAACUGUGUGCAGAAGCCUGAACGAACUUGAUGGGAAGGAAAUUAAUGAGUUGUCCAGGCAGUUCCUGAUUAACUGGAAAGCGUCGAAAGACGCCAAGAAAAAACUGAAAGAUGAAAGAAUCAUGACAGGCCAGAUCACCUAUCCCUUUACUGCAGACUUCCACAUGGGCCCCCAUCCUUCAUCCAAAUAUAACUAUGCCAACGUCCUGGGAAAGAGGAAUCCUCCGGGGUGUGGGAGACCCAGCAGGAAGGUCCGCUCAGAACACUCACAACUGGACAGCGCAGCAAUGAGGCCACGGAACGUGAAGAUCCCAGUGAGUGCGGGGCUGCUUAGUGAUGUGGCCGACAAUGCUAAUGUCUGCGGCCUGUAAGACGGACAUGCCAGCUCUGCUAACACACAUUCACUCUGGUGACCCUCUCACAUACAGUCUGGUGACCCUCUAACACACACACACAUAAUAUACACUCUGGUGACCCUCUAACACACACACACACAUAAUAUACACUCUGGUGACCCUCUCACAUACACUCUGGUGACCCUCUAACACACACACACACACAUAAUAUACACUCUGGUGACCCUCUAACACACACACACACACAUAAUAUACACUCUGGUGACCCUCUCACAUACACUCUGGUGACCCUCUCACACACACACACACACACAUAAUAUACACUCUGGUGACCCUCUCACGCCUAAACUUUACCUUACACAUAACACAUAGCCAGUGCUUGACUUGGGCAGGAGCUCACUAGAGCUGAGUACCAGCACCUAAAAUGUUCUACUGAUUGAGCUCCUGCAUCUCUUAUAGAAUAUUAACUAGAAACUAUUGUGGAACUUCUGCAACUAAAUAUAAACAGUUCCCGGGACCCAAAAUGAUUACCGGCACCUAUUCCAGUCCAAGUCAAGCACUGCACAUAACCUCCCACUGCUAUCACCACACAUCAGGGGUGGACCUGACCCCUGACACACUCAAUACGAAAGAGUCUACACUAUGGUCUGUCACUGUCAGGGACUGAUGGACUGCAGUAGAGGCACUUUAUGGUCAUAAUAUAUGUACUACCUUUGAAGUCUUCUUCAAAUAUUAUGACAGAACAAUAGCUGCCCUAUAAAAACAGUGUCUGAUAUUAUAUCUAUGUUUUUUUGGCCUUUGCCUGUUUGAUGUUUGUUUUGUGUACCUGAGUGGACUUGAUAAGAAUUUUACAAUACCUGGAUUUUAGAGUGUAAGAUCUGAUGUGUUUAUUUAUGAAAUGACUGAAUGCCGUUUGGUGUUUGGGUGUGUCCAUGCUGGGAAGUACAACUCACUUCAUACAAAUGGCUUUGUUGGAUUUUUACAAAUACCAUUUUCACCAAUUUGGAAGUUAUAUCCCAGAACUCUAUGUCAAAUAAGUCCACACCGCAAAUCCAAUCUGAAUGUGUGUUUUAUACAAAUUAAAUAACUUUAAAAAAGAAUCAUUUGAGUAUAACCACUAUCUGUGUCCUUGAUGGUGUAGUUUGUCUUUUUCCCCCUGCUGUAUUAAUGACAUGUUUUGGGGGACACCGACCGUGCAUAAUGAUGUCAGAUAUGCACUUAAUUGCCCAGCAUUGUCAUAAAUUAUUAUUGUAGAAUAAAUGGUGAAGGUUUUAAUUGGAACAGGAA